AUGACGAAAUCUCACUAUGGAGGCGGCGGGGCGCAGUAUGGGGACAUAGAGGACGCGGCCGCGGACCCGCUGGACAGCGAGCCCUACUAUUACUGUGGGGAGACGAACGAGAGUGGGACGGGUGCGCAGUGCGAGUGGCCGGCGGACUGGGAGGUGUCCUUCUCGCUGCUGCCUGUGCUCUACAUGCUAGUCUUCGUGCUGGGGCUGUCAGGCAACGGGCUGGUGUUCUUCACCGUGUGGCGGGGCCCACGGGCCAAGCGCCGCUCCGCUGACACCUACAUCGGCAACCUGGCGCUGGCCGACCUGGCCUUCGUGGUGACCCUGCUGUGGGCCACCUACAUGGCGCUGCGCUUCCACUGGCCCUUCGGCUCAGCGCUGUGCAAACUCAGCAGCUACCUGGUGCUGCUCCACAUAUUCACCUCCGCCUUCUGCCUGGACUGCCUCAGCUUUGAGCGCUACCUGGCCAUCGUGUGCUCGCUGCCGCGCUCCCGGCCCACGCGCCCCCGUGCACUCUUGCUGCCCGCACCCUAG